CUCUCUCUCUCUCUAUAUAUAAUCACUCUAUCCUUUUCAUUUCUUCGAUAAAUAUAACAAAUAUUUUAUUUUAUUUUAUUUUUGUAAAGAAGGAGAGUUUGUUGUUGGUGGUUGCGGUUAUUUCUCGCUGAUUUGUACCUGUUCUUUCCUUUCUGCCCAAUGUUCAUGUUUCUCUCUCUGAAGGCUCUUCACUUUCCCUCUAUAGGAUCUCUCCUCCUUCCUUCACUCUCCCCUCAAUCCUCUCUCUACCCAUUUUCACUACCCCUUUGCUCGCCCUGGAACUGCCCUUCCUCUGUUGUUUCCUUUUUCACAUUCAUUAAUUUUUAAUUUUUGGCCCUGUUUUUGCUGAUCUUGAUCCUGGCCUUUAAUCAGCUUUUCUGUUGAUCUGCUGAAAAGUUUUGCUCUUUUGGGUCGUUUCUGCGAUUUUUUUGUUGGAAGCAGUUUAUGAGCUGGAAUUUGUGGAUUGAUCUGAUCAUUAGAUUGAAAGUGGAAAAGGGUGUCUGGAAAUUUUAAUUUAAGGUCAUUAUUCAAGUGAUUUGAGGGAGACUCAAAGGAAUACUUUUUGUGGCUGUGAUUUAAAAGGGUUCCUUGAUUGGUUGUAAUUUUAAGAGACUGAAGAACAAAUCAAGGUAUUAUCGAUUAGUGAUUGGAUAUUUGGCUCUGAAUUCAGAAGGGAUUUUUGAGAUUUAGUGUAUAGGAUUGUCAAAUUGAAGGUUAUUUGGUGGAUUACUCGGCACAUUAGCUGGAAAGUUUGAAAGGGUUUCUUUAAGGAUUUAACAAAGAAGUUCUGACGGAUCCGUCUACUGAAAAUAGGGGUUGUGAUUGUCUGGCUGGUCUGGAGUGCAUAUUAAGCAUUAUCAGGGCCCUCAGAAUGGGGUCCUGCUUAUCUGCAGAAAGCAGGAGCCCUCUCCCUGGUUCGCCUUCGUCCCCUCAUCUGGCGAAUAUGAAAAGGAGGGGUUCAAGGAAGAGAUUAGGGUCGCAGAAUUCUUCCUUUGACUACCGGAAGGAAGAACCAUUGCAUAGGAUUCCAGGGAGGUUAUUCUUGAAUGGGUCCAGUGAUGUUGCUUCACUCUUUACUCAACAAGGCAAAAAAGGAACCAACCAGGAUGCCAUGAUUGUUUGGGAGAAUUUUGGUUCAAGAACAGAUACAGUUUUCUGUGGUGUUUUUGACGGCCAUGGUCCCUAUGGUCAUAUGGUAGCAAAGAGAGUGCGAGACCAUCUUCCCUUAAAACUGAGUGCUCACUGGGAAGUUAAUAUAUCCAGUGAGGAUGUUCUCAGAGAGAUCAGUUUGAAUACUGCUGGAAGCAUGAACACUGAAGACACUGCUUUUGUAUCAGCUGAUGAGGAAUCUAGGGCCUCUGUAGAUCUUGAGGAAACAGAAAAGCACCUCGAGAUCUUUCAGGCGCUUAAAGAGUCCUUUUUGAAGGCUUUCAAAGUGAUGGACAGGGAGCUUAGAAUGCAUGCCAAUAUUGAUUGCUUCUGCAGUGGGACGACCGCUGUAACUUUGGUCAAGCAGGGUCCAUAUCUUGUCAUUGGUAAUGUUGGGGACUCCAGAGCUGUGUUGGGUACAAGGGACAAAGACAAUUCACUUACUGCAGUUCAGUUGACUGUUGAUCUCAAGCCAAAUCUUCCAGCGGAAGCGGAGAGAAUCCGAAAAUGUAAAGGACGAGUCUUUGCUCUUCAGGAUGAACCUGAGGUUGCCCGAGUUUGGCUGCCAAACAAUGACUCACCUGGCCUUGCCAUGGCACGGGCUUUUGGAGAUUUUUGCCUCAAGGAUUUUGGCCUGAUUUCUGUGCCUGAAAUAUCUUAUUGGCGCCUGUCGGAGAAGGAUGAAUUUAUUGUCUUGGCCACAGAUGGGAUUUGGGAUGUUCUAUCAAACAAAGAGGUGGUAGAUAUUGUAGCAUCUGCCCCGGCACGGUCCUUUGCCGCUCGAGCCUUGGUUGAGUCAGCAGUUCGAGCUUGGAGAUGCAAAUACCCAACUUCAAAGGUUGAUGAUUGUGCUGUUGUUUGUCUCUUCCUUGAUUCUAACUCAAACAAUUUAUCUACUGCUCUCAAUGCCAAGCCCAAAGUGCAGCCAACUUCAAUGGACCGAAUUGACAAUGACAAUGAGAAAGACAAUAAUCUUGCUGUCUUGACCAGUCUCGACCGGUCUGGGACUGUGCGAACUGGCGAAGAAGUACUCCCAGGAGUGAAUGAAGAUUCUUCAAAGCAGGAAGAAAUGAAUUCAGAAUUAGGAAUAGAUUGGUGUGCCCUUGAAGGAGUUUCUCGUGUCAAUACCCUUUUGAAUCUCCCAAGGUUUGUGCCUGGUAAGGAGGAUAAGAAGGCUGCUGGAGGUACAAAGGCUCGGAAGUGAGAAGGUCUGGUUAGUAUUUGAUUUUCUUUGAUUAUUUUUGUAAUUUUUCCUUGCUUCUGUUAUAUUAUUUCUUUUUCUACAGAAGGGAAAAUGAUUUGUAGGGCCAUUGAUGUUAAAAUUUGGACCGGAGAGGUGGGCCCGGCUGUAUUAGUGUGUCUGGGAAAUUGUCCUUUCUCUCUAGUGUGGGUAGAAUUGGAAUUUUUGUAAAUCCAACUCUCCGUCUAUUUUUUCAUAAAUUUUUUGCCCCUUAAAUUCCAUGUGUGAUUUGUUGGUAACUGUAUGCUGAUAAUAAAUUUUGCGACAAUGAAGCCCCUUUCGGUUUUCAACUUGAA